CUAGUCGAGAUGUCGAGACAGACAGAGACAGAGACGCUGAGUAAUCGAUUUCAACAUUCAAUUAAGAACCGACUAGGAGCGCUAGCAUCAAAAACUUCCCCUUUUUUCUCGACGAAAACCUACGAAAACUGUACCACCAAACGAAGCAAAAAAUUCGAAACACCCUGUGAAAACCGUAAAAGCUCUUGAUACUAGCGCUUUCCGCGUUUCCGGAAUUUCCCUGGAAAGCUCGCGAGCUGAUAAGAUCAUGAAAAAAUAAUUUUUAAAGUUCAAUCAAUACGAAAGGUUACACGGUUCUGUAAUAAUACUCAAUUAACGUAAUUUAUGAUCUCAUGACUGCUGAAAAUUUCUACCCAGACCCACUUACAUUUUACAUCAUGAGCUAGUUGUUAAGUGCUUCUUUUGUUUCUGCGUUAUACUCGAGCCGAAUCUAACUAAGGAACAAGUCUUAUACUUUUCGACUUCCAUAUGAAUGAAAUAUGUCAUACGAUGAAACCAUAUUGCUGCUGUGCGGAAAUUUCAAUCCGAUUGGUAACAUGCAUCUCAGGAUGUUCGAAAUUGCUCGUGACCAUCUUAUCGAUUUGGGCUACUCUAUCUAUAAAGGCGUAGUGGUGCCUUUUGACGAAGAUAUCGAUGGACAGAAUUUGGUGUCGAUGGAUCAUCGUUUGGCUAUGAUUAAAUACGCUUUGAAUUCGUCGGAUUGGAUUCAGCUGUCGACGAAACAAUGCAGGAAAUUGAAUACGAGUUUUCUUAUUGAUAUUCUACAGCAUCACCAAACCAGUUUCGAUUUCAUUUAUAAAAACAGCAGCUUAGAUAGCGAUGAAUGUAAGACGAUCGAAGACUUUACCUCGAAAAAAUGUCGUAUUAUGGUUAAACUACUUUGUGGCGCUGAUUUCAUGAUGUUUUUGAGAGAUAGCGAAGAAAAGGAAGAGGUCCAAAAAAUCCUGAUCAACUACGGCGUCGUUGUUAUUUCUCGCGAAGGAUACGAUAUCGAUAGUAUCGUUUAUGAAAAUGACUUAUUCUGGACGCAUCGAAAAAACAUUAUGAUAAUAAAGGAUCAAAUAGAGAAUCAAAUAACUUGUAGCAAAAUCCGAAAAGCCAUUUCAAGAGGUCGUAGUAUCAAGUACUUGGUUAACGAUGCUGUAGAAAGAUACAUAUGCUUACAUAACUUAUACAUUAUUCCAGACUGUGAGUAUAAAAACAUAAACACGAUUAAAACCGUCGAUAGCUCAUCUUACGAAGUGCUCGACUCGUUCCAAGAGUUCACUUGGCAUUCCCAGUCAAAAUGUUCGAGCGCAGAUACGCUUACCAAUACGACAGCAAAGAAAUCCAAAUUAUCUCUCAAAAGUAAAACAAACCGGUGCAAAAAAGAACCACAUUUUAAAAACGUAGAUAAAUCGAAACUAAUCGAGAUACCAUUAACCGAAGACGGAGUCAUUCAGAUUAUCGCCGAUAGAGAAACAAAUCUAUAGUAUUGAAUAUUUACAUUCAGAACAUAUCACAUUCUUUUUGAAAAAAUAUGCUUCCUCAAAUGCACAGCGUCUCUGUUAGCUCUUCCAGUGAUUAUUUUUUUUGUUAAAUUGCUUCCAAUUUUCACACAAAAAUAAUAUCUUAGGUGAUUCGUACGUAGAUAUGUUCACCUUAGACAAUAAUUCGCUGCACAAUGAAAUUGUAUCGUUAUCGUAGUUCUUUUCUGUCAGACAAGGUUGUGACUAAUAUGUUCUUUUGCACAAUGAGUCUUAUCGUCUUUAUUUAAAAAGCACAUGUACUUGAAAUUGAUAAUAAUACACGUAAGUUCAUUAAUAAUACUCGUGGCAUUGAUGAGAGUGGUUCUUUUCUGAAUUUUUGAAUUUGAUUACACGGAUUAGGUCGAGUUUCGACGUUUACGAAUGUUUCUGAAGGGGAUGUAUACCUAAAGUCUUAAAUUUUCUAUUUUAUAAACAACUGUGAUCUAAACCAUUCUCAUUGUUAAUGAUUCAUUUUACGUCAUUAUACGAUAGUUAAUUUUUUUGUUAUCGUGUUGUUACUCAUUUUACUUUUUAGUUCGAUUCAAAAUGUGAUAGCGUCUUUUUAGUUGUUUCUUUUUAAUAAAUACGCUUAUGUAAUUGUU